AUGGCAGUCAGCGCGCCCCUCCCCAACGGCACAACUCCCCUUGGCGCGAAAGAGAGCGCAAACGGCGACCCCAACGCCGCCGAAAAAGCUGCGCAACCGUCCGCUCGCAAUGUCCAUAAUGUCGUCCUGGGGAGCCUGGUCAUCGAGCCGUGGUUCUCGUCCGAAGGCUACCCGGAGGAAAUAGUCGGGAAGGAGGUGGAUAAGCUGUAUGUGUGCCAGUGGUGCUUCAAGUACACGAAGGAGCUUGUGCCGUUUCUGCAGCACAUGGUUCCAUGUCCGCAGAAAGCCUGUCCGGCGCGCACCUCGCCGCCCCCCGGCACCUGCAUCUACACCCGGGACCACAUUUCGAUCCACGAACUCGACGGCGCCUCGGCAAAGCUCUACGCGCAAAACCUCUCCCUCUUCGCCAAGCUCUUCCUGCACGCCAAAUCCGUCUUCUACGACGUCUCGGCCUUUCUCUUCUACCUGCUCGUCCUGGACCCAGCGCACCCGUCCAUCCCCAAUACCCUCUCCUCCUCCCCCGACACCCCGGCCCAGGUUGUAGGCUUCUUCAGCAAGGAAAAGACCUCCUGGGAUAAUAACAAUCUGGCGUGUAUAUGCGUAUUUCCGCCGUGGCAGAAACAGGGACUCGCGCAGGUCCUGAUCGCCGCGAGCUACGUGCUGGGCCGCAACGAUGGGAGGACCGGGGGACCGGAGAAGCCGUUGAGUGCGCAUGGGUACGCAGCGUAUGUGCACUACUGGUCGCAGACGCUGGCGCGGAGCAUACUCCAAUGGUCUGGGAAGACGCUCACGGUGGCGGAGCUGCACGAGGAAACAGGGAUUGCUGUGGACGAUGUGCAGAAUACGCUAGGGGCGAUGGGGGUGCUGGAGCGCCGGAAGAAGGGGUGGGUUGUCAACCGGGGGAGGGUGAGAGCGUGGGUUGAGGUUGUGGGUGGGAGGGUGGAGAGCCCGGUUGAUGAGGAGGCGUUUGUGGUGAGGGACGAUGAGGGAACUGAGGAGGAAAACGAGGAGGAUAGCGAGGAGUAG